UCAGCGACAACUAUGUAAAUUGUCAUUCUGAAAAUCUGUGGAACAGGUGUUUGCGUGUAGCAACUUUGACAUGUUUACAUCUCUUGGGUGAUAUGAAGGUGAGGCUAAUUGACGUGUUAUCAGUGUGGGAAGUAUGAAAAAUUGUACACAAGAAUGGAGAAGACAGCACCAAAAAAACUCGUGAAGUCUAAGUCGGGAUUACGAUUAGUAAAUCUCGACGGCAACUUAAGUCCAUUUACUCUGCAGGAACCUUCAUGGAUACCCGACAGCGAGGCAGCACAUUGUUCAAACUGCGAAGUCAAGUUCGAUAUGUUACGCAGAAAGCAUCACUGCCGACGCUGUGGUAACAUCUUCUGUAACUCAUGCUGUGCUACCAAGUUGGGACUUCCACGUAUGGGCUUCGUUGAUCCAGUUCGUCUGUGCAAGCCCUGUGCUGAUGUAACUGAUCGCGAGAACGAUUUCUUCAACAAUCAGCUGAAGAUACUGACAAAUGGGGCAGCUUUCUUGAUUGAAGAUCUGGGUCAGAAUGCCAGUACAUCUGGUUAUGUAAGGUGCAAGCUAUCUCGCGACCAUAGGUACCUUCUCUUUGAGGGACAUGAAACAGACAAACCAGAACCAUUGAAGCUCUCUGAAAUAAAAUCACUCUGUGUUACCCGUUAUCAAGAUUCAGGUCCAUGUGGUGUGAAGAUUGUUUACGACAAUGGUGAGAAGGAUGGGCCCUAUCGGCAGCUAAAGUUAUCUUGUGGUCAAGAAACUGAUCAAACAGCAUCUGGUCUGUGGGUGUCGGCCAUUCAUGAGGCGUUCAAACUGAUUUGUCGGCGCACCACGGGGGAGAACAGAUAACUGAAUCACAAAAA